AUGCAGGACAGGGAAACAACCUCAUUCUUUGAGAAAAAUUUCACCUUGAAAGAUGCAAUCAUUGUUGGAAGGGAUGAGGUGGUGUCAAAAAUAAUUGCAACCGUGACCAACUCCAACAAUGAAGAAAAGAUUCUUUCGGUGAUGGCCAUUGUGGGAUUGGGAGGCCUAGGUAAAACAACUUUGGCUCGCUCAGUUACCAAGCAACUGAAAGAAGGUGAAAUGGAAAAGUACUUUGAUAUAACAUUCUGGGUGUAUGUAUCUAAUUCUUUUGAUGUCAAUUCAAUUUUACGUCGAAUGCUGGAAUCAUAUGACGACGCGAGUGGAGCAAAUCUUUCAAGUCGGGAAGCAUUGAUUGGAAGGCUCCAGCUGAAGUUGAAAGAGAAAAGGUAUUUUCUUGUACUUGAUGACCUUUGGAAUGAGGAUGCUAAUAAAUGGGAUGAUUUGAAGCGUUGUCUGUUGCAACUAUGUGCUGCCAAAGGAAGCUCUGUGAUUGUCACCACCCGUAGCGCCAAGGUUGCAUCAAUCAUGGAAACACUUCGUAGGUGCGAUCUAGAGACUUUAUCGGAUGAUGAAUGUUGGUCCAUAUUGAAGGAUAGAGUGUUUGCAGAUCCUAAUGCUCCAAUAGCUUCAGAACUAGAGGGACUCGGACGGAACAUUGCCAAAAAGUGCGCUGGUCUUCCAUUGGCAGCAAAGGUUUUGGGAAGCUUGAUGCGUUCUAAGAAUAGUAGCAACGAAUGGUCCUCAAUUCUGGAAAGUAAAAUAUGGCAGUUAUCAUCAAACAGAGGGGAUAAUAGGACCAUGCAGGUUCUGAGGUUGAGUUUUGACAAUUUGAAAUCACCAUUGAAACAAUGUUUUGCAUAUUGCUCCAUGCUCGAGAGAGGUUCCUCAAUUGAAAGAGAUAACUUGAUCCAACUAUGGAUGGCUCAAGGUUUUCUCCAUCAUUCUCAUGAUCACCAAAGCAAGCAAGGCAUUGAAACAGAGGAUAUAGGCAAUAAGCAUUUUGAUACGCUACUGGAGAACUCUUUGUUUCAAGAUGCUACAAAGGAUGAGGAUGGUGUUAUCACCCGAUGCAAGAUGCAUGAUCUUGCGCAUGAUGAUACUUCUGUCUCUAAUACCAUUUUCCCAAAGUUUAAAGCUUUACGUGUCUUAACUUUUUGUGAGACUGAGAAUCAGAAGUUGUUAGACCAAAAAGCAGAGAAUCAGGAAUUGCCAAAUUCACUUGGUAAGCUGAAGCACUUGAGGUAUCUAGAUAUUUCCGAUACAGAAAUUGAAGCACUCCCAAAGUCUAUUGGCAAGCUCUAUAACCUCCAAACAUUGAAAUUACCGGAUCUCGAAAAGUGUCCAAAGGAGAUUCAAAAUUUGAUCAACUUGAGGCAUUUUUAUUUUGGUGAGGGGAUGAAAUUUGAGGCUGAGAUUUUGAGGCGAUUAACUAAUCUCCGAACACUGCCUUCCUUUAAUGUGGGUAAGGAGAGAGGUCCUGCAAUUAAGGAGUUGGGUGGGUUGAACCAAUUGAGAGGCCACUUAAUUAUUGAUGGGCUACAACAUGUAAGGGAUGGAGAAGAAGCAAAGAAUGCUCGCUUAGUGCAGAAGAAUCACUUACGUGAGCUAACAUUUAAGUGGACAGACGAUGGCUUGGCGGAUGUACUAGAUGAUGGUUCAUUAGGUAGUCACGUGCCCCCUAAUGAAAAUCAGACGGAUGUACUAGAUGAUGCUAGUUCAUUACUACCUAAUGAAAAUCAGACUUAUGUACUAGGUGGCUUGGAACCUCAUGGUAACUUGCAAAGCUUGAAGAUUGAAAAUUUUAUGGGUGUGAGAUUUCCGUCAUGGAUAACGAGUCUCCAAAAUUUGAAGCAGAUUCGACUACUCAAUUGUUGCAGUCGUGAAGGAGUCCCAACACUCGGGCAUCUACCUAAUCUAAGAUCUCUUGAAAUUAAGAGGAUGAAAAAGCUGAAAUGUGUGGGAGCUGAGUUUUAUGGUACUAGUACAACUUUGUUUCCAGCACUGAAAGCAUUAUACAUCCUUGGGUGCCAAGAGCUCAUUGAAUGGAUGGAAGCACCGAGGAUAUCAGGAGAAGUAGUGGUAUUUCCUUGCCUCGAAGAGUUGGAACUCAGGUACUGUCCCAAAUUGAGAAAUGCUCCGAGUCGUUUUCCACGUCUCAAGAGGUUGUGGAUAGACGAAAUGGACAACAACAUGCCAAUAGAAAAUAUAAGCACUCAGCUUACCACUCUCACCAAUCUCUAUAUAGAUCAUGUAAAGGGACUAACUUGUCUACCAGAAGGGAUGCUGAACAAUAACAAGAGUCUCACAUAUUUGCAGAUAGUUAAUUGUGAUGAGUUGACUUGUAUUGCUCUCGAUGUAUCUGACACGCUCCCUUGUCUUGAGAAGUUGAAAAUUGUUUAA